UGCGCGGCCAAAACAUGGCCGUCGCCGCCGCUGUCUCGCGUCCAACGCGCGUCGCUUUUGUUUCAGGCUGAGGGGGUUUCCUAACGCACGAUCAUCGACGCGGAUUAAGUUGUGGGGGGCGCGGAGGGGGGCAGCCAUGGGAUUCCUGAAGCUGAUCGAGCUGGAGAACUUCAAGUCGUACAAGGGCAAGCAGAUCAUCGGGCCCUUCAAGCGCUUCGCUGCGAUCAUUGGGCCCAAUGGCUCGGGUAAAUCAAACUUGAUGGACGCCAUCAGCUUCGUCCUGGGCGAGAAAACGAGCAACCUCCGUGUGAAGACCUUGAAGGAUCUGAUUCAUGGCGCUCCCGUGGGCAAACCGGCCGCCAACAAGGCGUACGUGAGCAUGGUGUACGCAGAGGACAACGGAGAGGAGAAAAUAUUCACCCGCUACAUCAUCGGAUCUUCCUCCGAGUAUCGGAUCAAUUCCAAGGUGGUGCAGCUGCAGGAGUACAGUUCUGAGCUGGAGAAGUUGGGCAUCCUCAUCAAAGCACGCAACUUCCUCGUCUUCCAGGGCGCGGUGGAGUCGAUUGCGAUGAAGAACCCCAAGGAGCGCACGCAGCUCUUCGAGGAGAUCAGUCGCUCGGGGGAGCUCGCGGCGGAGUACGAGCGCCGCAAGCGGGAGAUGAUGAAGGCUGAGGAGGACACGCAGUUCAACUACCACCGCAAGAAGAACAUCGCCGCCGAGCGCAAGGAGGCCAAGCAGGAGAAGGACGAGGCGGAGCGGUACCAGCGGCUGAAAGACGAGCUGGCGCGCGCGCACGUGCAGCUGCAGCUCUUCAAGUUGUACUACACGGAGCAGGAGAUCGAGCGGCUCAACAAGGACCUGACCGUGCGCAACCGCGACAUCGACAAGGAGACCCGGCGCAUCGAUCGUGUCGAGGAGGAGAUGAAGGGGCGCAAGAAGGAGGUCGGCAAGCUGACGCGCGAGCAGCAGCAGGUCGAGAAGGAAAUCAAGGAGAAGGACUCGGAUCUGAACCAGAAGCGCCCGCAGUACAUCAAGGCGAAAGAGAACACGGCGCACAAGCUGAAGAAGUUGGAAGCGGCGCGCAAGUCGGUGCAGAACGCGCAGAAGCAGUACAUGAAGCACAAGGCGGACAUCGACGAGCUGGAACUGGAGCUGGGCGGCGUGGAGAAGGCUCGGCAGGAGUUUGAGGAGCGCAUCGAGGAGGAGAGCCAGAGCCAGGGCCGAGACCUGCAACUCGAGGAGUCGCAGGUGAAGGUGUACAACAGCUUGAAGGAGGAGGCCAGCAAGAGGGCGGCCGUGCUUGCGCAGGAGUUGGAGAAGUUUAACCGGGACCAGAAGGCCGAUCAGGACCGCCUGGAUCUGGAGGAGAGGAAGAAGGUGGAGACCGAGGCGAAGAUUAAGCAGAAGCUGCGCGAGAUUGAGGAAAACCACAAGCGAGUGGAGAAGCUGGAGGAGUACAUCGUGACCAGCCGGUCUUCGCUGGAGGAGCAGAAGAAGCUGGAAUCGCAGCUGACGGAGGAGGUGGAGACAGCCAAGCGUCGAAUCGAAGAGAUCAACAGUGAACUCAACCAGGUGAUGGGGCAGCUCGGAGAUGCGCGCAUCGACCGGCAGGAGAACAGCCGGCAGCAGAGGCGAGUGGAGAUCAUGGAGAGCCUCAAGCGCCUGUACUCCAGCUCCGUGUAUGGACGGCUCAUCGACCUGUGCCAGCCAACACAGAAGAAAUACCAGAUCGCCGUAACCAAGGUGCUGGGCAAGAACAUGGAUGCCAUCAUCGUGGAUUCGGAGAAGACCGGCCGAGACUGCAUCCAGUACGUGAAGGAGCAGCGCGGGGAGCCUGAGACCUUCCUUCCCCUCGACUACCUGGAGGUGAAGCCGACGGACGAGAAGCUGCGCGAGUUGCGCGGGGCGAAGCUGGUGAUCGACGUGAUUCGCUACGAGCCGCCGCAGAUCAAGAAGGCGCUGCAGUACGCCUGCGGCAACUCGCUCGUGUGCGAGAACGUGGAGGACGCCCGUCGCAUCGCGUUCGGCGGACCGCAGCGCCACAAGGCCGUAGCGCUGGACGGCACGCUCUUCCAGAAGUCGGGCGUGAUCUCUGGUGGCGCCAGCGACCUCAAGGCCAAGGCGCGCCGCUGGGAUGAGAAGGCCGUGGACAAGCUCAAGGAGAAGAAGGAGCGUCUCGCCGAGGAGCUCAAGGAACAAGUGAAGAGUAAGCGGAAGGAAGCGGAGUUGCGCCAGGUGCAGUCACAGUCGCACGGGCUGCAAACGAGGCUCAAGUACACGCAGAGUGACUUGGAACAGACUCGCAACAAGCAUCUGGCCAACAACAUGCAGGAGAAGUCCAAGCUGGAGAGCGAGCUGGCCAACUUUCAGCCUCGCAUGAACGAGAUCAAACGCAGCAUCACGGCCCGCGACCAGGAGACCAAACUCAUCAUCGAGAAGAUGAACCAGGUGGAAGACGAGAUAUUCGAGGAGUUCUGCCGGGAGAUUGGGGUGCGCAAUAUCCGCGAAUUCGAGGAGGAGAAGGUCAAGAGGCAGCAGGAGAUCGCCAAGAAAAGGUCAGAGUUUGAGAACCAGAAGACACGCCUGGGCAUCCAGCUGGAGUACGAGCGCACGCAGCUCAAGGAGGACCAGGACAAGGUGACCAUGUGGGAGGACGCGGUCAAGAAGGACGAGACAGAGGUGGAGAAACUCAAGAAGGAGGAGCAGCGGCACAUGAAGAUAAUCGACGAGACCAUGGCUCAGCUGCAGGACCUGAAGAACCAGCUGCUCUCGAAGAAGUCCGAGGUGGCCGACAAGACGCACGAGAUGGAGGAGAUCCGCAAGAAGCUCGGCGGCUUCAGCAAGGAGAUGACGCACUUGCAGAAGGAGGUGACGGCGAUCGAGACGAAGAUUGAGCAGAAGCGGAGCGACCGCCACAACCUGCUGCAGGCGUGCAAGAUGCAGGACGUGCGACUGCCCAUGCGGCACGGCACCAUGGACGACAUUUCGCAGGAGGAGGGAGUUCAGGGCUCGUCGCAGACCGACACCGAAACGAGCGGCAGCUCCCAACGCAGUUCGAACAUGUACGCGCGCGAAGCUCUCAUCCAGAUCAACUACAACGAACUCAACGACGACCUCAAGGAUCUCUCGUCGGAUGAGGAGAUAAAGGGCGAACUGAACGGGCUGGAGCACAAGGUGACGGAGCACCAGAAUAUCAUGCAGCGCAUCUCGGCGCCCAACAUGAGAGCCAUGGAGAAACUUGAGAGCGUGCGGGACAAGUUCCAAGAGACCGCCGAUGAGUUCGAGGCGGCGAGGAAACGAGCAAAGAAGUCGAAGCAGGCAUUUGAGCAGAUCAAGAAGGAGCGCUUUGACCGAUUCAAUGCCUGCUUUGAGGCCGUGUCGACCAACAUCGACGAGAUCUACAAGGCUCUGUCCCGCAACGCCAGUGCGCAGGCGUUCCUGGGGCCAGAGAACCCGGAAGAGCCGUACCUCGAUGGAAUCAACUACAACUGCGUGGCGCCCGGGAAACGCUUCCGGCCCAUGGACAACUUGUCAGGCGGGGAGAAGACUGUUGCUGCACUGGCACUGCUGUUUGCCACGCACAGCUACAAGCCCGCUCCGUUCUUCGUCUUGGAUGAGAUUGACGCGGCCCUGGAUAACACCAACAUCAGCAAGGUUGCCAAUUACAUAAAGGAACAGUCGGUGGAGAACUUCCAAGCGAUCGUGAUCUCACUGAAAGAAGAGUUCUACACUCGGGCGGAUGCGCUUGUGGGCGUCUACCCAGAGCAAGGGGAUUGCGUGAUCAGCAAGGUGCUUACCUUUGACCUGACGCAGUACCCGGAGCCCGGCGGAGACGCAGAUGCGGACGCCAUGGUGCAGGCAUGAUGACGGAAGAAACACGAAAAUGAUUAUGAUGACACACAAGACGACUCCACUUAAAGUUUGAAGAAGAGGAGGCCCAUUAGAUAUUGAAUUACAAAUUUCUGCCUUGAUCUCAUCCGCCUAUCAUGUGCUGAAGAACUCUCAAAUAAAAGAUUUUUUAAGCAUUACAGUGCAAACAUCAUUCUGCAAGUUACGUAAAUAAUUUGCUAAAUAUGUGACUUGAGAUGAUUGUUUUUAAUUGGCCUGCUAAUCGUGACAGUGUUGGAGAGUAUGAGGGGCGUUUGUUCGAUCUUGUUUAUCAGUCGCAAUUGGGCUUGUUUGCCUGCUGGGCAAAACAGGAACUUACAAUUCCUUUGCACCUCAUCGUUGUCGUCUAGAGGCUUUUGUGGCCUUCCCUUGGCCUGAAUGGUCACAGCACAGAAAACCGCAGCUUACGUCACCACCAUUAUGCUCAUUAAAUGCGGUGACGUCAUUGCUGCUUUGACAGCUUGCAGUGUUUUACCGUUGUUUUUUUAAACUUGCGCUGUGAAUAGAGAAACGUUGAACUUGUUAACAUUCUGGCUGGGAUUUUACUUUUACUGGAGAUCGGGCGAGUGGGUAGGAGACGGAGAGCCCUUUUGUACAGAGAUCGUGAAGUUGACAGCGACGUUUUUUUUACGACGGCGUUGGCCCUGGACUGUAUAAUACAGUUGACUGGAAGCAGAUUAAUUUGGGUGGCGCGGGGCCUUAGAGAAUCGUUUCUGCUAAUGUCAUUUUAACAAAAGAUAAACUCGCGUUUGAAUUUUUUUUUCUUGAACAUCGCAAUGAAACGUAUUCUCAGCAGUGGUCGCAGUGAGACUGGUGUAUGCCAAAGCAUGUUCCAGCGUCGUGUGAAUAUUAAAACUGCUUCUGGCCAGGAGCAGUUCCUACUUGUCCACUGCUGUGACCACCUUGCAGGUGGUUUAUCGUCUGCAGACAGGGCUCAUUUAGCGUGGGCAGAGUCAACCAUGACCAGGAUUCUAACUCUCAAUCGCUUGUCCCGGUUAGGUUUAUGGUACCAGCCAUAACACAGCUGUCCGGGAUGAUUGUCAAAUCAACGAGCAGUUUUCAUGUUGUUAAUUUCGAAUACGUAGCUUAAAAAAGUUGUUUUUUUGCGGGAGUGUUUGUAUUGUUUUAUUUAGUGGGUUUGUGCGUGACUGUUCGAGAAAUCAUGGUUGUUAUGGUGUUCAUGACUGCCCAUCCCCAUAACUGCCCUCGCUGCAUUAACAUUUCCGGUUUCUUGGCAAUUGGUGGUGAUUUAACAUUUCACGGUCUGGAUCCGGAGUGGUGUAAAUGCACAGGCUGAUGAAGGAAGAUGCACCACCGUCAUUAACAAACACUGCUUUCCGUGACGAGAUGAGAAUUACGCAAGACGUAUUUUUGAACAACAAGCCUGGCUUUAAAAGCAAAAUACAAUGUCUCCAUAAUCAAAUGAACUUCGAGCUAACGCUUUUCCCUUUUGACAGCCCUGAGCUUGGAGUGGAAAUUCCAUAUUCCGAUGGCAGUGGUCAAAUAGGACAGCUAAUGUUCUGAAGAGAGCAUUUGUCAAAAGCGUAUCUGAUCACGCAUCGGCUUGGAAGGCAGUGUUUGUGAUGUGGACGAUGAUGGGUUUUAUCCCGUGCUUAAGUUGGCUUGCAAGGUGCAUUGACACGAGACGUCGCUACGUGUGAAGAAAAUGAGUGUUGAUAUUAAGUUGACGGAAAUGCCUGGCUAUGCUUCGUGGGGUUGAGGCAUCUGCCGUAAUUGCGCGCCUAUCGUGCCGUUACGUAACUUCAAAGUGGCCUUGUAUGCCACCGUCCCAUUCACAGUAGUUGAUUGUCGACGUGAGAGCGAGAGCCCUUGAAUUGUACAAUAAAGCCGUGACUAACGACUGCUGCGUGGGCGGGCGGGUGACCGGAUCCUCAAGUUAUCGAUCGUGCAUAGGCUUGUAACAAAUCUCCCCGUCUUACAAAAAAUAAUAAUUUUUAAUUAGAUUUUUGUUGGUCACAAGAGCGAAGACCCGUAACAGAACGCCCGAUGCCACAACAACCGUACGCGGAUAUAUCCGCCAGGCCUAUCUACCAGACUCGUUCUCUUUAGUAUGGGGGGGGGGGGGGGCGAACAGUCAACCCAGUGAAUCCCCCCGUAUUGCCACGUAAUUAAUGGUCAUUUGGGGCCACGAUUCUUUCGAGGGCUAUUUGAUUCGUACGGUUUGGAUUUGCACUCUGGCCCGUGCGUCUACAAGUUACAAUCUCUCGCUCUUUUAGCUUAAAAAAAAGUUCACAUUUGCGAAUGCAUUUUUUCGUAUCAAUCAUAGACAAUCUUAUCAAACCAUUCUUUCAUCGCACGAAUCAUGAACAAUUGAAUUUCUAAAUCGUCGAUCAUGUGCCUGUAUUUAACAACGUGUAAGUUUUUGUCCGAGUGGGUUUGGCUGACACUAGGGGCACUCGCAAAGAAGAGGUUUCUAUCGUGCUGCCAUUUUCCCUGUAAACUCUGGUCCCCUAACCGCAAUGCUGACAUAACGUAGCCCAUAUUUAAAAUCUAUGUUGAAAACAUUUCUUUAGAACUGCUUUUUGCCGCACCUCCGAUUAGCACGGUUGGCUACAUAGGGUGCAAAGGAAGUUCAACACGUACAUUUACACGAAGAGCUUGCCUGUGAAUUGCAGCUUUGUUGUGCUAUGUGAAUGUGAUGUUGGAUUUUAUUAAGUUUCCCACUAUUACUCAAUGUAUCUGUCAUCAGGUUCUAUUCAUAGGUCAAAAUAGCAGGUGUCCAUAUCCAAGUACAACACGAGUCCUAAAGCCGAGUACUCGCUUACCCUUCUGUUAAGUUUUGUAUCAUGGCCUUGUUAUUAUAGUUUUGAAAAUGGUUAGAAGUAUGAUGUGAAUCGUGUAAACAUGUUUGUAGUGAUUUGAAUGAGCUUACCCGAGUGUAUUAAUAAAACAUGAAUCGUUUUCUGGCA